CCCAUAGAAAUAAAGGCCUGGCCGGGACGAGGGAAGCCGGGAACAGCCAGCUCCACUGGCACGUCCCCUCACCCCCUUCGAAGGCAUAGUCAUCGCCACCACUUGGAGCUGAGGGAUUCGGAUGAAGCAGGACAUCCACUAUCCUUCUGUUACAUGCAACAAAGCCAGCUGGCUAAAUGCGUGUCCCGGCCUCAGGCGUUCCCUGGAGCGAGGGACUCUCAGGACGGCACUCGUGGGGAGCAGAACUACAGAACUGGCUGCACCGUGGCUUCUGGGUGCGUGGCUCUUGCCUGCACAUUUUGGAGCUCUCUGCUCUACAUUUAGGCCAAUGUUUUAAAGCCUAAAGUUACACACCUGACACCAUAUUGGAGGUAAACUGGCCAGGGACACACCCAAGGCUGCUGUGACUGACCCUGAGAUCGUGGGAAGGGAAAACCUGAGCCUGACGCAUCUCGGGGUGCAUGCAAGGAGCUGUUGUGUCUCUGUAUUGCUUCUGAACUCCUCCUGCAGCCUUGGCAGCAGGCCUAGCUCAUUUGCGGUCUUUCCUUCCCCUGGCUCCUCCAUGCCCUUCCAACAGCUUGAAUGUGACGCCAUCCAGCGGCAGGGGCGGGGGUAUGAGAACACAGAGACAAAGCAAACGCGAUUGCCCUGCUUAAGCCCUCAGAUAAUUGCUGAAGUCAUUUCGCCCAUCGUCAAGGUGUUCCGAUAGCUUGGUAUUUAAGCUGCCUGUUGGAAAAGAACGCUCGCUUAUCUCUGCGUGUAACGCUCCCUGGGAUCGAAAAGCUCAGGAACUUAGCAGCCCAAAUAUGAAGCAGCAUGUUUUCCAUGUGAGCUCAAGUCCUGGGACGAAGGCACUUAGCAGAAAUGGCAUUUACGAAAACAGAGAGAAUAUUUUCCUUUUCUUCUUGCUGUAUCACGGUGUGCCAGGCCCCCCCAGUUCAGAUAACCUUGUUUCCUGAGCAGGCUGGCUUUGCUCUCUGACAGACACAUUUACACUGCUUAUCGGGGCUUUGGCUUUAACCCCGCCUUCCUGCCCCAUAUAAACAGAAGGGGGAAAGACGGGAGUUUCAGUUCUUCAUCCAGGUGCCCCAAGAACUGAAGACCAUCGCAGAAUUAACUCUCUUGAAAAGCAGGCUCUCAAUGGAUUGGGCAAGUCCACUUGCUCUUCACCCUAUAGCUUUCUACCAGCUGGUUGCAUUUCCAUUUGCCGUUUCCUUUCACUAUCUCUGCACCUCUGGGUCUCUCUCGCUAAAUGCCAGGUAUGCGUUCAUGUUUGCUUUAAUUCCAUGCUCAUGGUAUGCCUUGCUCCUAGUGGGAGGCUGCCUUCUCGCGUGUGCUGCCAUGGGAUGGUACGCCCUGCUGCUCUUCAUCCCCACCUUCUGCUCCGUGGCCAUUUUCCACUCAGUCGGCCCACUGCAGGUCCACACAUGGGCAUUCGUGCUCCAGAUGUCCUGGCAGACUCUCUGCCACCUGGGCCUGCACUAUAGAGAACAUUAUCUGCAAGGAGCCCCGUGCAUCAGGUUGACAAUCGCCCUCUCGUCGCUCAUGCUGCAGACGCAGAAGGUCACAUCGCUGGCUCUGGAUAUCCACAAAGGGAAGGUGACUAUGGCAGCUGAGUGGGGGGAUGGGAGGGAGUCACUGCUGCGGGCGCUGCCUCUAUGCAGUUACCUGCUCUUUUUCCCUGCCCUGCUGGGAGGCCCGCUAUGCUCCUUUCGGAGAUUUCAGGACCAGAUCCAGGGCUCAUGCGCUUCACGCCCCACACCUCCCUGGAAGGCUGCAGGCCAGAAAUGCCUCCGUGCCCUGGCUCUGCACCUGCUGAGAACGGCUGUGAGGAGCUGCGUGGCCCCGCUGGCCCGCAUGACGGACUGCACCGGCUUUGGCUGCGUGUUCGUCAUGUGGCGUUCCGCCUUGCUCUUCAAACUGGCUUAUUACUCCCAGUGGGUGCUCGACGAGGCUCUCCUCAGCGCAGCGGGCUUUGGGCUGGAGCUUGGCCAUGCCCCCGGUGCAGAGGCUGGCUGCGGUGACCUCUCUGAUGCAGACAUAUGGACCUUGGAGACCACCAACAGAAUAGCCCUCUUCACCAGGACCUGGAACAAGAGCACUUCCCGGUGGCUGAGGAGACUCGUCUUCCAGCGCAGCCCGGCCCAGCCCCUCUUGGCCACCUUUGCCUUCUCGGCCUGGUGGCACGGGCUCCACCCAGGGCAAGUGUUUGGCUUCUUGUGCUGGGCAGCGAUGGUGGAGGCCGAUUACCGGAUUCACCCUUUUCUCCGUUCACUUGCCAAGUCCUGGCACACCAAGGUGCUAUAUCAGGCCCUGACCUGGGUCCAGACCCAGAUGAUCAUUGCGUACAUCACGGUUGCGGUGGAGAUGAGGAGCUUCUCUGCGCUCUGGCUGCUGGGCGCCUCCUACAACAGCUUCUUCCCUCUCCUGUACGGUGUUUCACUGCUGUGGCUGGUCGCGAGAGCCAAAGAAAAAUGUGUCUGACCCACACUAUUCUCCCUCCCACACACACACUAUUCACCAGGAGCCAUAGAGCGUAGGAGAGAUGGAGAUUGCCCCCUUGGUAGGGAGAGGUUUUCUCUAGGUCUAGGUAUGCCCCUAGUCCCCCUAAACCCAUCAUCUCAUCACAUAAGAUAGACUCUCACAUUCUAAGGCCAGGAGGGACCAUUAGAUCACCCAGUCUGACCUGCUCCAUAGCACACACCAGAGAACCUCACCCAGUGAUUCCUGCAUCCGGCAAAUAACCCAGGGUUGGAUCAGAGGGUAUCUUUUAGAAGAAGACAUCCUGUCUUGCUUAAAGGGUCCAAGUGAUGAAGAAUUUAGCAUAGAAUCAUAGAAUCGCAGGGUUGGAAGGGACCUCAGGAGGUCAUCUAGUCCAACCCCCUGCUCAAAGCAGGACCAAUCCCCAACUAAAUCAAAACAUGUCCCUAGGUAAUCUGUGACGUUGAUCAGACACCCUGACAGUUAGAUAUUUGCAUCUUAUUUCCAUUUUGAACUUUGUUGUCUUCACCUUCCAGCCAUUGGCCCUUGCUAGAGGGGACAGAUGGGGAUUGGGGGAGGAGUGUCCAUAUUGUCCUUUCAUUUGAACCAGUCCUCAUAUGGCAAGAUUCAGUUUCAUUUAUGUGAGUGGAGCAGGUCUGCUAAAUAGUUCGUGAAGAAUGAAGUACCCCCAGGCCCGGGGUGUCUGAGCAAGGGGGCGUUAUUAGCAGAUAGGCCUCCCAAAAAAGACCCACUGAUAACUUUGGGCACAUCUACACUGCAAAAAAUCACCCAUGGCAGCGAGCCUCAGAAGCCAGGUCUCCAGACUCAGGUUCACGGGGCUUGCGCUGUGGUGCUAAAAAUAGCAGUGUAGCUGUUUCUGCUUGGGCUGGUGCCCGGGCUCUGAAACCAGGCAAAAGGGGUGGGUCUCAGACCCCGAGCUCCAG